AUGCCCUCCAAACUCUGGCAGAAGUUGAAGGCCACGAAUUUCUUGAAAAAGAAGAAUUCGUCGCUUUCCGAUACAGCAAGAGCGGACACAACUGUAAUUGUUUCUGGCGAUACUGAAGACGGACCCGACAUGGUUCAGACAAUCCCUCCCAUUCCUGAGGAAUUCAUACGUGGCGAUGUUAAGAGCUGGGCACAGCAAGCUGGCAUUGUGCUCCAAGUGAUUAACGCGCGUUGGUGGAUGAAAGCAGGGGACGGUCUCGAGGAGGUCGACAAGGAUAACCGAUGGACUGCCCUUAACUUCCAUGGCGGAGGCUACAUGUUUGGGAGCGCUAUGAACCGAAAGGGCGGGUUUUCGCGUAUACCCAGUGGAUUUGUAGACCGCGAUAUCUUCGCACGCGUCUUGUCUGUAGAUUAUACGCUCACAGGCUCCUCUCCGGAGCGAUUAGCCUCUUUUCCCCUGCAACUUCUCGAGGGACUCUCCGCUUAUUACUAUAUGCUGCAUACGCUGAACGUCUCUCCUUCCCGAAUUAUCUUUGUGGGUGACUCUGCGGGCGCCCAUCUUGUGCUUUCGCUGGUGCGAUACAUUUUAGAAAGUCAAUGCCUUGACCCUCCAGCGGGCAUAGUACUUCUCAGCCCGUGGUGUGACAUGAGGGACCCGAAUCACCCAUCGAUACGUAAGUUUCUAGGUCAGCUUCCGCCCGAGCUCAUGCAAUCUCGGUACUUUUCUCCCGCCCUUCACGCACCGCUGCCCGGCUGGCCGCCAACAUUCAUAUCCUCCGCCGACAAUGAGCGUAUUGCCUCUUCCAUAGUAGGGCUCGAGGGCAGACUCUCUGGAGCAGGUGUUUCUGUAGACUGGCUUCAGACCGAGGGUAUCAAGGAGAACCUCAGUCAUGAUUUUUUGAUUCGGGAUGUCGUUGCGAAGGUGUGGCCAGAGAAGGUGCAGGAAUUAUGGCAGCGCCUGGGUGCCUGGGCCGCUCACUUGGCGUGA